AUGGCCGAUUCAGGCUCUUCUGGAAAUGAGGACGAAAAUAUUCUACCUCCUCCUCUCUUUGUUGAUCCCAACCAAAAUCCUUCCAGCCCCUUCUACAUACACCCAAGUGAGAGCCCUUCAUCUGUUGUGGUCUCCCCACCUCUUUCGGCCAACAACUUCCAGUCAUGGUCUCGUUCCUUCCGAAUGGCCCUCAUCUCUAAAAACAAGAUGGGUUUCCUCAAUGGCAACAUCCCCAUCCCAGCACCCACUGAUCCCUUACACCCCUCUUGGGAAAGAUGCUCUUCUGGAAAUGAGGACGAAAAUAUUCUACCUCCUCCUCUCUUUGUUGAUCCCAACCAAAAUCCUUCCAUCCCCUUCUACAUACACCCAAGUGAGAGCCCUUCAUCUGUUGUGGUCUCCCCACCUCUUUCGGCCAACAACUUCCAGUCAUGGUCUCGUUCCUUCCGAAUGGCCCUCAUCUCUAAAAACAAGAUGGGUUUCCUCAAUGGCAACAUCCUCAUCCCAGCACCCACUGAUCCCUUACACCCCUCUUGGGAAAGAUGGCUCGACGAUCGAUUUGCCAUGGUUCGCUCACAAAUCUUAUUACUUGACCCUCUUCCCUCUGCUAAUCGUGUUUUCUCCAUGAUCAUCCAACAUGAGCGCCAACAGCAUCACCCGUCUUCUCCCAUGGAAACCAAUCCCGUAUUCCAUGAAAGAACGAAACAUCUGGAUAUAGACUGUCACAUUGUGCGUGAAAAAUCCCAAGAAGGCUUGAUGAAACUACUCCCUGUUCCUUCUGCCAACCAGCUCGCGGAUAUUUUCACAAAAGCCUUACCUCCACAUUCCUUCAAGCUAAACUUAUCCAAGCUGCAGUUGCACAACAUUUUUGCACCUCCAGCUUGUGGGGGGCUAAUAGAAAAACCAUAUCAUUCUGGUUUAAAUACCACGUAA